CCAGCAAUGUUUUAAUGUGCAAUAGCGCAUUACAUAAGCGUAGUUGAAAUAUAGACACCCGAAUAAAUGGAAUGAAUAAGUCGUACGAAGUCGUCGCGUACAGAUAGUGCAAGAUAGGAUUGUAACCGCUUUACAUUUCGGGUCUCAUUGUAAUACACGAUACAAGCGAUGGAAUGUACAUUCUGUGUAAGGUGAUAAUCGAAAGGAAAAUUGAAAAAUUUGUAUACAAUUGUGCAUUUUUGCGACCAGUAUGACAUUGUAUAAAGUAACAUCGGAAAUAUUCACGGAAAACAAGAAUUCUUCUGUAAUAUCUGAAAAUGGCAAUGCAGUGACCAAAUUUGUUUUCAAGUAUCCAUCCUAUAUGAUUAAACCGAAACAUGAAUUAAACCAAAACAGUAAUUUAAUAGACAGCGACAAUGAUUUAGAUAUAGAAAGGCAAGAAGAAGGAACAUUAUUAAUAGAACAUCGUACAUCUACAGAACUGCGACAUGUUGGAUUGCAGGUAUGGCGAGGUGCCCUGUUACUAGCUGAUUAUAUAUUGUCUAAUCCUGGUUUAUUCGAAAGCAAGGUAGUGUUAGAAUUAGGUGCCGGCGUUGGUUUAACCAGCAUAGUAGCAAGUUUUUUAGCUAAGGAAGUAAUAUGUACAGAUGUCGAUAUAGAAGGAAUAUUGAAAUUAAUACAUAGAAAUUUCACCAGAAAUAGCGUUUACGUUAAAUCUAAAAUUUCCGUUAAAGAAUUAAAUUUUUUCGAUUUAAAGUGGCCUACAUCCUAUGAAAAAAGUGUAAACGUAGCAACUAUUAUUUUGGCUGCAGAUGUUAUUUAUGAUGAAAACAUAACGGAAGGAUUUGUUCAAACGUUAGUAAAACUCUUGGAUUCGGAAAUUCCAAAAGUUGCCUACAUCACUUUAGAGAAGAGAUUUGUUUUUACUACGGCCAAUAUGGAUACUACCGCUCCUAUGUACGAAGACUUUUUAAAAUGCUUUGAAACGCACAACCUUAACUGGCGCAUCGAGUAUAUUAAAAUAGACUUUCCGCAAUAUUUCAAAUACGAUAGAGUGAAAUAUAUGAUACUCUUGAAAAUAGAAAAUAAACAAAGCAAACAACGUAAUUUAACGGACAACAAUUGCAAAUAGAAAGAAUGAAAAAAAUGAUAAAUCCUAAAACUUUACAUUGUAAUAUAUAUUUUCCAUUGAAAGCAACAAAUAUUUGUGUACAUAACGAUAUUUAUGAAUUUUUUAAAGAGUAUUAAAUAAAACAAAUGAAUC